AACAAGUAGAGAGCCUGUUUGGAAUCGAGAAGCCAAAAGCUAUUAGACAAGCGGUCCUCGCAUAUGCUGACGACACUACAUGGAUUGUGAUAGCUUCAAACUCAAAAGUGCAAAUAAAAACUGAUAGUGCUGCUGCAAUUUUAGCAAUAAGAGAUGUGCUAAGUGAAAAGAGCUUCAAUAAAGGACUUAAAAGGAAAAACAGAACAAUUCUCGACAAGAUCACAGAAAUAGUUCAUUUCAAGUCACUUAAUCUUGAGUUGUUAAAGAUUAAAGCAUAUUCGG